AGGUCACUGAUACCAAAUAUGUCAUCAUGAGCAAAGUCAAAUCCAGGGACCAAAAACCAAAAAGCCAACCGGAACGCGGAACGCACGUUUCUCUCGAAACCGAAUAUUCCGAGCCUGCCAAUCCAACGCUGCCUUUUCAAGAAUGGACGGACGAGUUUAUCAAUUCGGAAAAAUGGGACGCAGGCACCGCAGAACCAUUCAAAGAUCCACAACCGGUUCAGUUGCCACAUGGAUUUAAAUAUACUACGUGGAAAAGGGCCCAAGACGCGUUUCCUUAUGCCGAGAUUCUUGUUUUUAAAAAUCUGGAAGGUUUUCCAGAUUUGAGAAGUGAAAGUAACGAAAUUUUAUAUUCAGAGUUCGUUAGACAUUUCAUCUCCAGCAUGGAAACGUUGAUAUACCUCGGCAACUGCAGCAAAUUAUCAGUUGAGUACCAGUCGCCUUCCUUUGCAACUGCUACCGAGAAAAAACCUUGGCGGCCCUGGUUCCACAUUUACUCAAAGUGCAAGGCUGGAAAAUCGUCCGAACACAACCCCACCGUUAAUAAAAUAGGAAAAUACGUGGUGCGUUUGUAUUGGAUGGGCACGUGGAGACGCGUUAUUGUGGAUGAUUUUAUACCGAUGUUUGGUGACAAGGUGAUGUUACCAAGCUUGCCAAUACCUUCCGAAGCAGUACAAGUACAAUUCAAAGAUACGGCAGAACGCAGCACUUCGAUUCACUUUGUAUCAAAUUCUAAGGGGGUGCCAAAAGUACUACCAAGCACUCCAAAAAGUUCAAAAAGUGCUAAAAGCACCGAAGAACCGAAAGCAAAACCGAAACAUGUAGUGCAGAUAUGGCCGUUUAUAUUGUCCAAAGCUUUGAUGAAAAUAGCGAGCUUGACUUGGACUAGAGAGCAUGAAAUCCUUGAUUUUGAUAUCGUGCAAUGUUUGACAGGUUAUCUAUCUCAUAAGAUAUACACGAGUAAGUUCGAUUUUAACGAAUUAUGGAAAAUCUGUUGGGAUCACAGCGAGCAUUACGACUACAUCGAAACCACCAAAUCAGAGAAGGGUAAAAAAUCACCUACAGAUUCGAAGAAAAAAGAAGCUAAGAUGAAAGACCAACCUGUUCCCGUCAAAGAAAAAUCCGAGGUCAAAAAAUUAGAAUGUUACAUGUUUGCAUCAUUCCUAGACAAAGCGUCCAAACAAAGCCACCUUUUUUUGAUUGACAUGACCAGAGAUAAACCACUGAUAAAGCCUUCGAGAAUCGAAGAUUUUCCACUGUGGAAAAGGUACAGGUGGAUUGAAUGGGCCGCUGAUAAAGGCUUAAUCGAUCCGCUGGAGCCUCAUUACCCUGUAAGAUGUCUCAAAGUGGUAGAUACAUUCAAAGAAAAAUAUCUCGCACCACCAUCUACGCCCGAAAAGGCUGUUGAAGAAAUAGCAAUUACAGCAGAAACAGUGUCUCCUAGCGAAGAUGAUGCGAAAAGUAGAGCAGACAGCCAUAAGAGUGCUAAAAGUAGUAGUUCCAAAGGCAAAAGCAAGAAAAAAGAUGCUCAAUUCCCAGAUCCAACCUUCUGGAUUGACCUAGAACAAGUCUUCGAUAACUUGAACUACCUAAUAAUAUACUUCAAACCGUCAACGGCUGCAGUACGCAUUCGUGUCUCAGACAUAACAGCUAACCAUAUAAGGAAAGACCUACGAUUCCAUUACUUUAACAACAUCAGCGAAUGUCUUGGUUUUGCAUGGAAGGAAAUCAUCCAACCCAAGGUGAUCAACUGUCACAGAAAUGAGCCAGUGUAUAUUCUAUGCGAGUCGACUAGUGAUAUUGAAAUUGUGAUGCAUCUAAGUCAAACUGGGUAUGUGGAUGGAAUGCCAGGAGAAGUGCUCCUCACUGAGUGGACAGCGCCCAUUAAAGAAUCUUCUAGCGAAUGUGGCCCUUGCCUAGAUACUCUGCUAGCCAGAGUAAAAGCAUAUAAGGAGAGACAUAAAUCAAAAGAUGAGAAAACAGCCCAGCCUGAAGAACAUGUGGAAAAUGUUGCUGAUCAUUACAGGCCUUUCUGUAGUGUUGUCAUGGGCGAGAUGAAAUGGUACGUGGAAAAUCAAGACAACUAUUCAAAAUACAUUACAACCUAUGGCUCCAGAUCAACAGUUCUCUAUAGGAAGCCAGGGAGGUAUCUAUUCAGAUUAUGGAUACUAACAGAAUCACCUUAUGUACUACAAAUUCUAUCGAACAAUGCUGUGAUUGCAGGAAGCUGGCAAGAAAUUAUUCUACUAAUGUCAGAAGAAGCGAUGGUAUUUUUAGAAAACUGCGAAGAAUACGUAACUCGAUUUGACAACCUUCUCCGAUCUUUUGGCAAGCCAGAAUUUAGCAACCAAUUGCUAGCACUAAGAACUUUUUACAAGCCUGAUGCUCCGUUGGAGAAAAAUGAAUGUGACACAAUACACAAUCAAUUUUUUCUCGAGUUGUACGAUUUAGCCUUGUCUCGUGUAACCAUACAAAAUGCAGACUAUCUAAAAAUACUUUUUUUAGCAUGGGCAUUUCCCUCACGUAGUAGAGACACUGAAGAAUCUUUACAAUUUUGUUACAAUCUUUUUGAAGAAGAAAAGGAAUUAUUACCAAUUAUGCAACGCUCAUCUCAAUUGAUUCAAGCAUUUUUCUUGAAGAUUUACAAUAGAUCAAAUUACAAAAAGUUGUAUCCUAACAGCAAACAACAUAAGAAGGUGCUUGAUGGGUUGAAACAGGUAUACCAUGCUUUAUUUUCUAAAGAGAAUAUGAUUCUCAAUGCCACAAAUUUGUACAGAAGUGUUUUAUACAGCGAACCAAUGGAGAAAGUCCAUCGAAAAUAUAGCUUCUAUGAGGAUCUUUGGAAUGUAGUUACUUUGCAUUGGUUUCCAGAUAUUUUCAGACCUGCAGAGAAAGAAUGGAGUCUAAUUUGCAGACAAACUUUUUUCAUACGAAAUCGCUCCUUGGAUGUCAGGAUAAACCUGUUUGUAGAUAUAGAUAAGUACACCGCAAGAAUCAUAAACAAUGACGAUCCUAAAGACAGCAAAUUCUAUUCAAACAGAAUUGCAGUCAACUGUUACACUCAUAAUAUAAAUGGGUACACUUUGCUUUGCUAUGGCUGGUCAACUGUACCUAAGGUAGCAAACUACAAGUUAUGCUUCAUGGUGAGGAAAGAGCCAAGCGACAAUAUAUAUUUUGACACAAUUCCAAAUCAAAUAUAUGUACUUAAAGCGAAUUACAUCCCAAACGCGUACGAUUGUAUAUUUAGAUAUAUUUUAAAAAAAACAUCGGAUCAAAUCCUGCUCACUGUCAGAAUAUCAGCUUCAUAUAGUGAGGUCCGGCUAAAACUAGUCUUAAAAGACGAUGAAGAAAAAACGAUUGCGGAAUCAACUGGAAUACAGAACGUAGUGAUACCUCUUGCAUUGUUAGGCAGUACUGAACAACGUUCCUCAAAAACUUCUGCGAAGAAACGCGUGACCUCUAGAAGAAAAACAAUGAGUAGUACCGACACAGAAAUAAAAUCUACAUCACUAUUCGCUGUUGAUCAGACAAAUGAAUAUUACAUUGAAGCUUAUGUUUUACAUGAUUCUUGGCCUUUGACCGAAAACGAAUGGAAAGUAGUAAGGAAUUUGAGGUCUCAAAUGCUACUCAGACCUCCAGAACUUGAAUCCACUGAUGUACGGAUGAUACAAAAUCCACUGUGGUCCUUAGAAAUAAUUUACAACAGGACAGCUACAAUACAAAAAGAUACAACAAGGGAUGAGCAAAUCAGAGACAUGAAAGCAGAAUGGUAUGAGAUGGAUCCUGAUAGGUACGACUUAUCACAAGAAUUCAGAGAUAAAUAUUUGGAAAAACACGUUGAGCCUAAUCUAAAUAUAACUGAGUUGCAUUUUAAUGAAAGAUACCUAGCUCCAGAAGUAUUUGACAAAGCAAUACUACCUCCAUAUGACAUCACUCGAUUUAUGAAAGAUACCUACGAUGAAGGAGAUAUGGUAUAUAAUGACAGUGGAUAUAGAGGAGAGGGGUCCUUUGAUGAGGAAGAUGUACAAGAGUAUUUUGGAAUAAGGCAGCAAGAUAUUUUUUUUUAUGGAGAAACUAACGGAGAAAAAACAGAUUAUGAAGGACAAGGAAUGCAUUUUGAAACCGAAACAGAAGGUAGCUUACCGUUUGAGAAAGCAAAAACUGUGAAAAUGAAGAUAGUAAAAACGCCAGAAGUUCUAGAAAUGGACUAUCAAAGAGAGUUGAAUUGCAUGGAACAUCACGAGCAAUAUUUUGUAGAAAUGCAAGAAGCAAUGGAAGACCACAUAGACAAGCACUUUGAGAGGUUGCACAAUAUUGGACAAUGGUUCCAAGAUUGUAAGACAGAGUCAGUUGAAACUAUGCAGGAAGGAUAUAGCCUUAGAAAGCAAUAUAUUAAUAAUAUUUUGGAAGCUCUAAGUAAAAAGAACGAUGAAGGCGGAAAAAAUAAAAGUAAAAAGGGGAAGGAAAAGUAAAAGUAUUUUUCAUAUUUAUGUUAUUGUGUAUGUUAAACAGAAUAUAUAUUUGAAAUUUGUUCAUUCAUUUAUUAUACUAGGAAGACCUGUUGGCAAC